AUGUACAAGAACUAUUAUUCAAACACAGAAGUUUAUAAAAAGCAUAAAGACUCUGGAAGUUUGAGGAAGAAAGCUUUGAGAUCGAGAAGAUCAUCUUUUUUUUCAUUUUUCAAUGACUCGUCUAGUUCGAAUGGAAACGAAUUCAUAGGUUUUAGACGAUUUGCAAAAGCAUAUCUGUUUGGUCGUGAGAUAGGUUCAUGUGGUACAGAUUCAUAUACACCAGUUGGGGCAAAUGUAAACAAAAGACGUUUAAAAAAAGAAGAUAAAAACGAUCAACAGCUUUGGAAAAGGCAGCACCAUUCACAGGGUUGUUUUUUUCCCAUAGAUGAUGACAGUAAUAAGCAAACAGAAGCAGCCGUCAACAAAUUUUAUGAGAAUGGAGAAUACGUUAAUCAGGAUUUAAUUUUCAAGGGAAAAGUAUAUUCAGAAGAAUCAGAGGUUGUUGAUGAGAAAACGGCAGGUUCUCAGAAUCCCGCUCUUCUCAAAACAAGAUCAAUUUCAUUAAACGAUAUACCGCGCGGCACAGGCAUCUCUAGUGUAUUGUCUCAAGUACGCGGAGGUUCCUUAGAAAGAAUUAUUGUCUAUAGGUACGAUACUCCGGAACGUUCUUUGCAUAAAGUUGAUCUUUUCUUCUUAAAUUACGAGGGAGCUCAAUCUUUUAUGAGAUACGCAAAAACAAAUAUUUUUAAAGUUAAUGGAGUUCAAUUAAAACCAGAAUGGAUAUUCCUCGAGAGCACAUAUGAAAACAUAAUGAAAGAGCAAUCUGUCAACAGAAUAAUAGAAGAGGAAAAGUUCAUAUCAAGAUGUUUGAUAGUGAAAAAAAGCUCGACAACAGCAAUGCCUAACAAAUCAAAUCUGAAUAAAGGGCAAACUUUAGAAAACAUUGAUAUUCAAGAAUUAGAAAAAGAUUUUCAGAAUUUUGGAGAGGUUCUAGAAAUUACGCCUAUUGUAUCAAGAAAAUUAUGCGUAUCUAUAUUCUUUUACGAUAUUUCCAGUGCUAUGAGAGCUAUGGAAGAAUACGAACAAAAGGGCUCAUAUCUAUAUAAUAAAUAUUUUAAAACAUGGACAAUAUGGUACGGGAAAGAUAUUACAGACCAGCCUUGCAUUGACUUGUAG